ACUAGGGCUGGAUUCGAUGAAUAUUACAGCUGCCCAAUUAAUUGUUGAUAAUGGCCAAGCUGUUCUUGCUGGCCAGUGGCCACGCCUAUUUUCAGCGGUGCAUUUACUCUCUCACUUUCUUAUCUUUUUCGUUUUUCAAAAGUACCCCUACUAGUAACUGCAAUUUUCGAUCAGGCCCUCGGGUAGUUCGUAAUUAACCCCGAAGUCUAAGCCCACAGCCAUACUUCUCCAUUUUAUAAACCCAGCUCACUCCCACACUGGCUGCUCCUCACUUCCAGCUCUUCUCAUCUUCUGAGAUUGUGAUGAUGGCUCUCCCUCCUCUCUUCGCCGUCGUUUUCGUUCUAGCGACGCUCUCCUCCACCUUCGCAGAAGAUCUCGUCCAUUCAUCUUGCAUACACGCAAGUUAUCCGAACAUCUGCCUCCGGACACUCUCGUCGUACUCCGGCCCCGCCAAAACUCCUCGGGAUCUAGCUCAAGCCGCCGUGAAGGUAAGCCUCUCUCGGGCCCAGCGAGUAUCGACGUACCUGAACGGAGUGGCCGGCCAAGGAAAGGCAAGCAAGAGAGAGCAAGUGGCGUUGAGUGACUGCGUGGAGCAGAUAUCGGACACAGUGGAGGAGCUGAGCAACACUCUGAAGGAGCUGAAGCACCUCCGCCCCGGAACCUUCCGGUGGCAGAUGAGCAAUGCGGAGACGUGGGUGAGCGCCGCUCUAACGAACGAGGACACGUGUCUUGACGGAUUCCAGGGCGUGGAUGGGAAGGUGAAGGCGGAUGUGAAGCGCAAGAUCACGAACGUCGCUAGGGUUACGAGCAACGCUCUCUAUCUCAUCAAUCGCCUCGAUUCGACACGUGGCAGGGCCGGACUCGAGCCGUGAAGUUGUACGGCUCUGAUUCUAUUUCCGUGUCAUAUAUUCAUAUCCAUAUCUACCGCUCUGUGUAUUAUUUUUUCUUUUCUUGGUUUUUGGCUCUUCGUUUCUGUAAGGUGUACGUAGUGCAAUAGUUUUGGGAAUAAAACUUUCUAAAGAAAGAAAGAGAAAAUUUGGAGAAAA